ACCAGCUGGUGGCGGAAAUGCACCAAGUUGUUGUUCGCCAUCCACCAACGAAGAAGAAGCAGCAGCGCUAGCAUCGUUAGCUUCGCUGUGUGGAGGUGUGUGAGCGGAGUGUGUGAGUGUGUUUCAGCAACAAUGUCUUCAGUUCAGCAUCUGAGAGAGUUUAUCAGCGCGCGACUAACUGCUGCUGCUGAAGAAAUAUUCACAGAGUUUGAAAAAACCAUCGUCCAGUACGAAGAAGAGAUCGAUCGUCAGCGCAGACUGCUGGAUGUCACCUGGAAACCUCACUUAAACCUGAACACAGACCUGUCGCAGCAACAUGACUGUAGGGAGGAAGAGGAGGCUCUCCGCGGGAAGCAGGACACCUCCAUUCUGGACCAGGAGGAACCAGAACCUCCACAGAUUAAAUGGGAGCAGGAAGAAGGCUGCAGCAAUCUGGAGGAGGAGCAGCUCGUUCUGAAGGAGGAGACUGAUGCCUUUAUGGUAACGGUGGAUUAUGAUGAAACCCAGCCAGAACCAGACCAAGAACAUCUCCUCUUUCAGACCUCUCCUCUGACCAAGAGCCGGGAUCAGGAAAGAAUCCAGCCAGAAGCUUCGGGAUCAGCUACGAGUGGAGAACCAGAGAACAAAAGGGAUGACAGGGACACGCCUCCCGUGUCAGAGAGUCAAGGUAGCGCAGGUAAAAAGCCGGUCAAGUGUGACUUCUGUGGAAAAGACUUUAAGUACAGAUACCUGAUGAGGAUUCAUCAGCGCGUUCACACAGGGGAGAAGCCCUACUCCUGUCAGAUGUGUGAUAAAAGCUUUUCCCAGCUCAGUAAUUUCAGUCACCACAUGAGAAUCCACACAGGUGAGAAGCCUUACACCUGCAACAUCUGUGGGAGGAGUUUCAGUCAGAGUGGAACCUUGACAGCCCACCUGAGAACUCAUACAGGAGAGAGGCCGUAUCCCUGCGAGAUAUGCGGGAAAAGUUUCCAACGCAGCGACGACCUGUUGAAUCACAUCAGAAUUCACUCGGGCGAGAAGCCGUAUUCCUGCAAGAUGUGUGAGAAGAGCUUCAACAAGAGGUGCAACCUGACAGUGCACAUGAGGAUCCACACGGGCGAGCGGCCAUAUUCCUGCCAGACCUGCGGCCAGAGCUUCAAGAGGAGCGACGACCUGCUGAGCCACACCAGGAACCACACCGGCGAGAAGCCUCAUGCCUGCACCACAUGCGGGAAGAGCUUCACGCGGGGCUAUCAUCUCACCGCCCACAUGAGGACUCAUACAGGAGAAAAGCCGUACACCUGCAACACCUGUGGCAGGUGCUUCUCUGAAAACCGCAUUUUGACUGCACACAUGAGAACCCACACAGGUGAGCGGCCAUAUGCCUGUAAGACAUGUGGGAGGCGUUUCAGCCAGAGCGGAAACUUAACCGUCCACAUGAAAACUCAUGAAGGCGAGAAACCCGCGAGCAGCAGCAUGUAAGAGCACGCUGGAGCAUCACACCAGUCCUACGUCAUCCCGUAGCAAUACUGAUCUGUGGGAAGGGACUGGGUCUUGGAUGUGGGGAGGGAUCAGGUCUCGGAUGUGGGAAGAGAUCAGGUCUUGGA